AUGGCCGCCGCAGACCAAUCGAAGGUCUCGGUGGUCCUCCCGGCCCCGACGUACGACGUUGAUUCCUACAAGCCCUUUCCCGAGGAAGUGGAUCGCAUUUUCGACCAAAUCCUUGACGAAGACGCUAGCAUGGAGGAAUCUCGAGGAUUUGAAUGGCCUCCUGAACCUGUUUCCGAGUCUCGCAGCCUUACCCCCGACACCUCCCUCUCGUUGAACAGCGAAAAUCUACCCAAACAGUCCGCCUUCUUCACGGGACCCCCCGCUCCGAAUACGAAGCCGAACAAAAGCCCACGAAGCGUGGCCAGGCGGGACAUCACUGUGAUUUAUAUGGUUAGCGGUAGCGAAGGUGAUUCUGGCGCGGAGGUCGUCAGCGAAAAUGUGUCUGAGAUGGAGAUCGUGGGCGCCUUCGGUGGUGAUGGUGCUGCUGACUCCAAGGAAGCCCCCGAGCCGCCCAAGCCCAAGAAGCCAUCCCGCCGUGAACAAAAGAAAUCUCGCCGGAACAAACAGAAGAAUGUCGCAUCUGAUACUACCGAGCCGACAUCAAACCCUCCGGCCACCGAAACCACUACACAAACAAUCCCUCCAAACCCCGAAGCCUCGGCCGAUGAAGAACUUGAGGAUGAAAUCUUCCGUGGAGUUGGAAAGACUAAGCGGAAUCACAUCCUCCAAUACAUCGCGUUCAAAGAAUUCAUGCAUGCCGAAGUGCCCGUGAAGCGAUCCGAACGACGCGAAUUUAUCUACGAGCUCCGAAAAGAAGCAUCGCACAAUGGACUGGACAAGCCCCAGAUCGACGCCUUGGUUCGCUUUACACGCAAGACUUUCCUCGAAGACAAGGGCUUGGGUGUCGAUGAUGACGGUUCCUCAUUCGGCGAGGAGGUUCUUGAUGACGCGGAGCCGGAGCCGACUCCUGUGGUUGAAAAGAGUCCGCGCAAACGAGGUCGGUCUCAGAUCAGCCUCAGCCCUCGACAAAAGAAGGCCAAGUCCAGCAAGAAGACCAAGACUCGCACCGUCUCCCGUGAAGGCCCGGUUGUGGAUGCUCCCGCAAAUCGUGUGGAGAAGGAAAUUGCACACAGUAAAGAGGACAACAUGGAGAUCACCACAAGUAACGUUAUGGCUAUCGACGAGAGCUUAACCCAUGAGUCGAAGAGCGACAAUGUUACCAAGGAUGGCAAGUUGCCUACCAUGCCGAGUGACAGCAAAGUCAAGCAAGGAACUAUGAUCCCUGAGCGACCCAAACUGUUCCAGCCUGAGAAGACUGAGAUUCUUGCUAUUUCGAAUGAAAAACAGGCUCUGCCAGAGCCUGCGAAGGACGAUCAACGAAAGAAAUCUGAUGCCAUGGAAAUGGACGAUCCUUCGCCAAUGAUAGAGCCAUCAAGCGACACCAAGACUCUCCGGAAGGCCGACAAGAAAAGCCGCCACCAUCACCACUGUCACGAGACCGUUGGUAUCGAAGAGCAGGCCGACGUGAAAAGGCACCACCAUCACCACCAUCACCAUUAUGAACAUUGGACCCGUCGGCGCAUGUCUCUAAGUGAUGGUCUUUUGCCGACUGGUGAAGAUGGUGCACCGGAAGUCCCUGACAGCGUUAUGAUUGAAGAUACACCUCCGCCGGAACAGGAGUUACCGCAAGAGCCUCUAGUGACGACCAAACAUAAGCCCAGCAAACUAUUCAAGGCGGAAAAGAAACAACUGAAGAAGGGAAAGGAGAAGCCCACCAAAGAAAAGCGAAAGAUGAAGAAAAAGCUGGCAAAGUUGCGUGAUGGAGCGCAAAAUGAAGAGUCUAAAAACCAACCUGAAGACUCUAUGGAAAUUGACGCUGCCGAAAAUGCCCAGCAAUCCAAGUCAAGCACCCAGGCAAUUCCCCAGGAAGGUUUGGAUGUGGCAAAAAUGUUCGGUGAUGAGCCUCGCUCAAAGAAGCGAAAGCGUAAAAAGUCUGGAAGCAAGGACGACGCAGACGCAGAUACAGGCGAUUUGUCAACCCCGGCUGUGGCCCAACACUCCGACAAGUCCAAAUCGAAACGUGCACGCCCAGCGACUCCCGAUCCAGCGCAGACAACACCUCAGUCGCGACAGGGACACAUCUCACCCCCCAGCCUUCGCCUCCCAAUCCGGAUGACUGGAGUGAUGGGGAUUUUUAAGCACCGAUGA